UCCUGUGUCUUUAGUCCUUUCGAGUGUGUCAGUUUUUACGUGUUUAUUUCUUAUGUCAACCUUCUUCGGCGCUUGAUUUGAAAGUUGAUUUUGUUGUAUAAGAAUUUUCCUAUCCUUCUGUGUCCUUGUUGGGACACUUUCAGAGGUGCGUUCUGCCAUGACUGAACACUUUUCCAAAAUAGAAGACGAAACUUUUCCAAGCUUCUUGGGGGAGUCUGUAAACAGCAGUGAAACAUUAGAAAACUGUACCCUUUCUUCAAAUCUUGGUUUACCAGUAGCUGCAUCUACUAUUGCCAAAGCUUGUAAAGACUUUGACAGAUGUCUUGAUACCCAGGCAUCCUAUCUGGAAAAUUGUGCUAUAUUACCAAGUGCAUCUAUUCAUAGGCGAUCUGGAGAGAAGGGAAAAUAUGUACAGAGCUUUAAUAAUGAAGACAUGGAUUUCUUUACUGGGUUGAGCAAUGCCAAUACUCCACCAAUAAAACCAGGCUCAUCUGAGAAUGUACCAAAAGAGAGAACAGUCCAUAGCCAGUACACUUCAAUAGGUUUUCCAGCUGGAAAUGAGAAAGCUGAUUUCCCUGCUUUUGCAAGUGACUUGUCUGUUGAACAUCAAGAUGCCAAGAUUAAUGAUGUGCCAAAGUUAUACAAGGAUAUGAGGAGGCAAAGUCAAGAUUUGUUGAAUGAUGACUUCAGCAUCAGUGUUGCAAGCUUUUUAGCUAAUGAAAAGCUGUUAUCUAUUGCCAGUUUAGAUGACAGCUCCUCAGAUGAUCUUGAUGAUGAAGAAUUUUAUGAUGGCCAAUUAGAAGCCUACUUUAAUAAACUUCUUCCUGGAAUGCAACGUGGAGUCAUUGAGGGACAGGAGACUUCUGAGCCAAAUAGAGGUUAUCAAAUGGUUGGUCAACAUGGUCGACCAAAUUUUAGGCCAUGUUUAGAAGGUGGAAACUCAGAAGAUGAAUCUUCAAAUGGAGUCCAAACUGUCCCUAAUAGUUCUGGAAGCCUAAUUUGUUUACAGUUGGAUGGUCAAGAACGUUGUUCUCCUAGAACAUCUCCUGUUCCAGGAUAUUUGUCUAGUGUUAAAGAAGAUAGUGUAAAAGGUGAAAUUGCAAAUCUAACACAGCCUCAUACAAAAGCAACAGUGUCUUUAGGAUCAGCUGGGAGGUAUGUGGCUGGAGAGGAGAUAACUACAAUGUUUCAGGAUCUUUCUCUGAAUCAAGAUGACAUCAAGAAUUGUGAGUUAUCAUGUGACCUCAGUAGUGGUCAAAAAUUGGACCGUCUAUAUUUUGAGAAGGGGGAUAUGACACUUCUGCAGUCAGUUGCUGAGAAGGAAUCUCAUGAUAGUAUUCACUUAUCUCGGGUAUUUUCGAGUAUUGGGAAAGAUGGCUGUGACAAGAAAUCUGAAAGUAUCCACAGGAUUAAUGCAACUUUAGCUGAUGGUAAAGAAGUGAACUGCUUAUCAGAUGCUUAUUUAUCACCUACUUUUGAGCGGAGCCGGAAUGAUACAUCACCACCCUGGCAGUCUACCCAGGCACAGCCAUUUCUUUGGAGCUUUGGUCCCAGCAAUGAUGGAGAAGGUGGCAGUGCACCACACAGUGUGGUUUAUCAAAAUGAAGAAGGCAAAUGGGUGACUGAUCUUGCAUACUAUAAAUCUUUUGAUAAUGAAAUUCCCAGCUUUUCUGGAGAAGUACUUAAUGAGGAAGAUUUUGUUGAAGGAGGCAAUGCUUUAGCUAUGAUUGAAGAAGAUCAGGAAGAAUUUGAAAGGGAACAUAAAUUCAUUCAGGAAGAAAAAAUGGAUUUAGAAAACUUAUCACUAAAUAUGGGAGACACCUCAUGGAAACUGCCGACGAGUGGAAAUGUUUUACUAAGAGCAUCUCAGGUGGCUCCUGAUUUGCUUCAAGAAGAUGCAAGCUACUUGCGCCUCUCUCUGGGAGAAUUUUUUGGUCAGCGGUCAGAGGCCCUUGGCUGUCUUGGGGGAGGUGAUGGUGUAAAAAGACCUUCAUUUGGUUAUCAUAUCAUUUCUCCGGAUAAGCAAGAACCUUUUGCAUUGCUUAGGACUUCUGACUUGUCUGGAAACUCUGAGCAAGAUGAAACUAUUAAAAGUUUUGAAGACACGUUAACCCAAGAGCAAUAUGAAAGCCUGCCAGAUGAGCAGAAACUUGCAUCAACUACAUUUGACGUAAAAAUGCAACAAAAUAGUACAGCUUUGGAUAAAACGGUAAAGGAUCCACAAAUGGAUAAAUCAAAUAUUAAGGUUAAAGACUGUGUUUCUGAAGAGGUAAAAAUACAAUCAUCUGAAAGCAUGUUACUUAGCAUCAGCACAAUUGCAGCAGCUAUAGCCAAUGCCUCAACCAAUGCUGACCCUUCUCAGUUAGCUGCAAUGAUAAUGGCACUAUCAAAUAAAAAUAGAAACUCUAAUUUGUUAGAGUUGGGUAACCACACACCAAGGAAUCAGUCUGUAUUUUCAUCUCUAGAAAAAGAAAACUGUGAAGGUGCUAUUGACAUGGAAAGGUACUUGAAAGCAACAGAAGUUACCUGUCAGGAAGGUGAAACUAAUGUGUUUUUAGAUUCUUUGAAGGAUUUUACUUGGGACAUGUCAUUAAGGUUAAAACAUACACUUAAGAGCUCUGUGGCUGACCUUUCUAAUACAGUAGCUACUGAGAAACAAAAUCUGAAGACAAUUGACAAUUCUGGAGAAUUUAAAGAAAAUUUUGCUCUCCAAAGUGUAAGUGGCAUCUGUAGACCUGAACAGGAUGAAUCAUCAGAAGAUACCUUAAGUUAUAGAAAUGCACCUUCAAAAUUAAGGACUGUUAUGUUAAAUUCUACAGACACAUUAGGUUCAAAUCAAAUGGAAUACAGAACCAACAAGGUUUCAAAAAUUCCUGGCAGCAAUUCAUUUGCAGCUGAGGAGCAAGAUCUUAAAGAUAGCCCAUUGUUAACGGCUACAUCUAACCAGCUUACAAGGACUUCUGAUGGGAAAGAAAAACUUGACAUUAAAGCCAGCAAUGAAUGUUAUGGUGGAAGUGAUAAGCUUGAAAAUGCAGAAAACUUUUCCUCUAAUUUUACAGGCUGUGCCAAAACUUUAAGGUCCCCUAGAAAAUCUAGCUCAUGCGUAUCAGCUACUGCUAAAGAACCCAAACAUUGUGAAGAAGCAUCGCAAAAGCAUGUUAGCUUUCAGCCACCCUCUUAUAAACAAAUGAGUCAGGAUACUGAUAAUGCUGUUCAUGGAUUGGAGGAAGAACAGUACAGCUUUAGACCUUCAACGUCGCCUUUGAUUCACUCUUCUCCUAGCCAAGAUUCAUUGAAAUUAUCUGAUCAUGGGGGUGAAGAAUUUCUUCAUACUACCACUGCUGCUCAAAAUCCUGUGGGUGUUUCUUCCUCUCGUGAGUCAUCUUGCUACAGCCCUAGUAUGAGUAGACUGACAUAUGUUUCCACUAUGGAGAACUCUUUUGAAAAUGUAAGCAUCAAAAGUCUGGAAAACAAGAGCAAUAAUACCAUUGAACUGAGCACAACUAUAGUGAGAUCAAGCCCUACUCCUGAAAUGCAGCUAAUCAAACCUGCCAAUAUGUCUUGGCAACAGAAUGUAAAUCAAAAGUCUGGUUAUAGCCCCAACCAAAAGAGCAACGAUCCAUCUGGAUAUAGCACUGCUGCAUCUAUAAUCAUUAAUAACAAAAGUGAAGAAUUGUUAUCACUGCACAAGAACAAUUUAGAAUUGAAGGAUCAUAGCUUAAAGUAUAAAGAGAAAAUGAAAGAGUUUGUUCCUGAACCUGAUUUCAAGCCAGUUGUGUCGGCUUCUGAUCUACAGAAAUUACCAUCUUCCGUCCCAACACUCUUCACUGGACAACCACUUUCAACUACACAAUUUGCACAUCAGUAUUUGGGAAAUGUCCAUUCUCUUGGAUGUUCAACUAUUCCAUCUCAUCAGGUUGGAAAUACAGUACUUUGCACAGGAUACCCUGGUUCCACUGCUCAAGCGCAACACAUACAAAACACUAUAACUGGAUUAACAGGUACCUCUGUCGGUUCUGGUUUAUUAGCAACACUCCCACGAAGCCAAAGCCUUCCUCCUGGCAACCAAAAUAUUGUCAUUUCAGCAAGUGGGUACCCUGGGCAGUUUAUUAAUGCUACAGGACUACAGCAUUUUGAUACACGAAUAUCCUCAGAUUAUGGGCAAGUGUUGGUGCCUGAAGAGCUGACUUUUCCAAGUGCUUGUUGUGUAGGGAUUGCUUCACAAGCUUCCCUAAAUAUUUUCAAUCCAACUGAUAGAUGGUUGCAGGUCAAUAUUGGAGUGCUCAGUGUAGCUAUUAAUGGUGAAAAAGUGGAUCCCACAGCCUACCAAUGCCUAGUUUUUAAAAACAAAACCAUUAUUGGACCACGAACAGCAGAAGACCUAAAGAUUUUAUUUUUACCUCAAAGAGCUGGGCUUUUCCAAUGUGUGCUAAAUGUGUCCUCUUGGCCUGUGUCUGCAGAUUCACAAACGGUUGUAAGAUCAGAAGCCUUAGCUGCCAAAGUUCUUUUAACAGCAGUUUCAGAAAAUCCUUCUAUUGAGAUUGAAACAGGGAAGACAGGUUGUUUAGAUUUUGGUGACCUUUCAUCUGGCAGUUGGAAGACUCUUCCACUAAAGAUAUUAAAUAAAACACAUGCAACUUUGCCAAUCAGGCUUAUCAUUAGUGCUAAUGCUACAGCAUGGCGCUGUUUCACAUUUUCCAAAGAUCCUACAAACCAUUCCCUACAUAUGGAUGUAAUGUCAAAGAUGUCUUCUCCCUCUGUUUUAAGCCAUGUAUUGCAUGCAAGCUGUGACGGCCAGGACUCAGAAUUUCUGGUUGUUUGGGUUAUUUUUCAUGCUCCUCAAACAUAUACUUCUACAGAUACUCUUGGACCAGCUGAAGAGUUUAUAGCAAGGGUUGAUGUUGAAGUUGACAGUCCUGGCCCUGCAUGUAUAUUGAAAAGUGUUCCUUUACAUGCAAGAGUAGGGUGUGCAAGAAUCCAUGCCCCUAAAGACCUACAAACUAUUCAUUUGCUAUGUAAAGUUGGGUCAUCUAGUAAGCAGAUUCUACCACUGAAAAAUGCUGGGAAUAUUUCAGUUCAUUUGAAAAUAAUGGCUUCUAGUUCUUCAGAAAGGGAUUUUACUGUCAACCCUGAAGAGCUCUUCCUUGUACCUGGUGAAGAACAUGUAGUUUCAGUUCAAUACACUCCUCAACAUGUAGAACCAAAAAAGAGUGUUUUGAAAAUCAUGGUCCAACCGUCAGGACCGCAGUAUGAAGUUAUGUUGGUUGGAGAGACAGAAAUUCCCACAAGCAAGAAUCCCAUUACUGCUACUGCUGAUGUACCUCCAAUCCUCUCCAAUAAGCAGUUUGUGGCCUGGGGUGGUGUUGCUCUUGGAAGAACAGUACAGCAAAAGUUAAUACUAAGGAACACUUCAACAACAUCUAGCCAGUAUUUGCGCCUCUUAAUUAAGGGGCAGGAUCAAGACUGCUUUCAGUUGCAGAGCACAUUUGGGCAUGAGGAGCGAUUGAUCAAAAAUAGAGAGGUUACUAUUCGUCCAAAAGAGGAUGCCAGUAUUCACUUGAUGUUUUCUCCUACACGUGUUAGCUGCAUGUUGGCAAAACUUGAAAUCAAGCAGUCUGGAAUCAAAUCAUCACAGCCAGGCAUAAAAUUUACUAUCCCUCUAUCUGGCUAUGGCGGAACAAGUAACAUAAUUCUAGAAGAUGUAAAAAAGCUGGCUGAUAGCUACACAGUAACAGUUAAUGGAUUUUCGUCUGGUAUCACCAGUAAAGUUAGUUUUCUUAUACGAAAUACUGGAUCCCGAGCAGCUUAUGUUAAAGCAGUAUGUUUUGCAGAUAUAUACAACAAUGUAAAAAAUGAUUCAAACAUGCUUAGUGUUUCUCCAGAGAAGUUUGUGUUGAAGGAACGCUCACAAGAGAUGAUUACAUUGUUCUGCAAGCCCAGAAAGAGAGAAAUUGCAUUGCAAAACAGCUCUUCAUUAAUAUGUACAGUGUGUUUUUUCUGCGGGGAUGAAAUCGCUAGACAACAAUUUCGCAGGGCAUUGCUACAUAAGCCAGAGUCAGCCAACCGAAUUAUUGCAGAAAAUGCCAUAUUAAAAAAUACAAGAUUUGACGAGGAGUUUUCUGGUGAACAAACAGUGUCUGAAGGUUGUGCUGUGGAAAAUACAGAAUGUAAUGUUGAGAAUACCUCAUUAGAUGUUCUUCCUGUGAAAGGCCCUCAAGGACCACAUUUAAGUGCUAGUGAACCUACAUGGGACUGUGUCAACUCUCAGCAAGCCUGGAGUGUUCAACCUGAGCAUCUUGUAUUGGCAGCUCCUUCAAUUAGUGGAGUAGCAGAAACUGGACAUGUAAAAAUCAUAAAUAUCUCCACAAAAGUCUUACAGUUUGAGUUGUCCUGGCCAGCUCACUGUCUAACCAUUACACCUCAGCAUGGGAGUAUUGAACCAAAGAGUCACAUAAUUAUUCUGGUGAGCCCUAAUCCAUCCCUGGCAACAAGGCAGACUUUGCUUCCUUGGAAAGGACCGAUUUAUGUCCAUUGUGAGAACGUUCAUAAGUGCAUUCAAGUUCAAAUAAGGGAAGAUGUUAAUCCAGACAAGUCUACAAAUGAUUCUGUACCAAAGUCAGUUGCUGUAGUACCACCUCACCCAGAGACAUCCAUCCAUAAAGGAAAAUCAAUUUGCAAAUCACCUUCAAAGGUUGACAUAAAGAAUCGCACCCUAAUCUUCCCUAAAACUACAUCAGGAGGAAGUUCAGAGACCUUUUUGGAAAUUGAAAAUCCAGGUGAUGAGGAAGUCAAAUGGCUUAUAUCAUCCUUUGCCCCUCCUUAUGUAAAGGAGCUUUUCUCCCUCAGGAUAAAAAAUCCAAAGGAAAGAACAGAAGAGGAAAUACAUUUUGUUCCUUUCAAUGCUCAAGAGAUCAGAAGUCUGCCUCUUCUCAGAAACCUGAGCCCUCGAAGUCAGCCUGGAAGUCUGAAUUCUUCUGCUUUCAGCCCUGGGGUCAAUGAUUUUAUCCGAUCCACUGUGUCUGAAAUAUUCACUGCCAUGCUUCCAAGUAAAGAUGUUAUUUGGUUCUCAGUUUUUUCUUUCUUAGGACAAAAAGUCCAAGGGGAGGGUAUUAAGGAUGAAACAGUUUCAGGAAAAAGUUCUGCUGAAAUAUUUAUUAAAACAGAAGCUCAUGUUAAACCAAGGCAGAGAUCUGGCUCUGAAGCAUCUUCUCUUAAGACUGGGCAACAAGAAACCUCCAGAGGAGUAUAUGCCUCAGAAGAUUUAUAUACAUUUCCUCCUACAUUUGUGGGUGACUCAAGUACCUUGAAAGUAAAUCUUCAAAACAACUCAUUUACAACAUAUAUGCUCAAAUUUGUUAGUCCAAAAGCACCUUUUCAAAUGAAGCAUUCCAAAUAUUCCUUGAGAGCCCAUCACUAUAUCAAUCUGCCGGUGAAAUUCAAGCCAAGCUCAGCAGGCAGAUUCGAAGACCACCUGGUUGUACAGACAGACGCCGGAAAUAUUCCUAUUCAAUUUGUUGGUGAAGCAUUGGCUAAGUAGUUUAGAAACACUAAAGAAAAUAAUAAUUUUUAUAUAUAUAUAUAUAUAUAUAUAU